UUUAAAUUCCCCCCCUUCAGAAAUUCAAAUCAACACAAAUAGCGCAUCCGCCUUCUCCCCUUUGAAGUUUCUUUCUAAUCGUAGAAAAUGGAGAUGAAAUCUCCUCCUCCGUGUCCUCCCACCGUCACCAUCCGCCGCAACCCACACCGGAAGGCACGCGCCACUCCCUCAUCCGCCAUCCCCUUCCGUGAACCGCUUUCUUCACCGUCUCUAUCAAGAGAGAUUUUCUCUACUGAGCUUCCUCAAAAUGCUAUCAGUACGGACAGUGAUAAUACCGAUCCUUCGCCUAGGAUUCUAUCCGAAAACCUCAAAGUUUACUUAAGGAUCCGUCCUCUCACGAUUCAGAAAAACAGCAGAAAAGCAGCAGAAUCGAAGAAUGCUUGGCCGACGAAUCGGAAAAUCCAGAGUAAUUCCAAGCCGAAAACAAAAAAGAGAAGUGAAGUAUGCGUACAAGUAAACGAGGAUUUGCAUUCUGUCACAGUUUCAACUCCACAAGCAUUACAAGAAACGAAGAGGAUUAAGUCGGAAGUGUAUGAAGGGUUUUCGCAUGUGUUUGCCUCUGAUUCGUCUCAGGGUGACGUGUACGAGGAGAUGGUGAAACCCUUAGUUGAAGCUUUUCUUAAGGGGAAAAGUGGGAUGUUAGCUGCAAUGGGGCCUAGUGGCUCUGGGAAGACUCACACCGUUUUUGGGUGCGCCAGGGAACCUGGUAUGGUACCUCUUGCCCUUCGUCACAUUUUCAGAGAGAAUGGAAGCUGUGGAACUCAAUUAUCGAGGGUAUUCUAUCUGUCAAUGUUUGAAAUCUCUUCAGAGAAAGGAAAGGCUGAGAAAAUGAUCGAUUUACUACAUGAUGGAGGUGACAUAUACAUGCAACAUUCAGUUCUCAAGGGACUUCAAGAGGCUGUGGUUUCAGAUGCUCACCGAGCUGAGUCCCUAAUUGCACAUGGAAUGCUGAAACGUGCAACAGCUAUGACAAACUCGAAUAGUCAGUCAAGUCGUUCACAAUGCAUCAUUAACAUCCGGUGGGGGUCUGAGAAAGGUAAUGAAGAAGUUGAUGGCAAAACAAGCACCACCACCCUAACUAUUGUGGACCUUGCUGGAGCCGAGAGAGAAAAGAAGACUGGCAAUCAGGGUGCUAGAUUGCUUGAGAGCAAUUUCAUCAACAAUACCUCAAUGGUAUUUGGUCUGUGCUUGAGGUCAUUAUUGGAGCACCAGAAGAAUCGAAAUAAGCCACUACAGAAGCACUAUCAAAACUCCCUGUUGACCAGAUAUAUGAGAGAUUAUCUGGAAGGCAAGAAAAGGAUGAUGUUGAUUUUAACAGUUAAGCCUGGGGUAGAAGAUUAUCUUGAUACAUCCUUUCUGUUGAGGCAGGCUUCACCAUUCACAAAAAUUAAGUUUAAAACCUUAGAAGAGCCUCUAAACUUAACAUGCAACAAGAGGCCCAACCAAGCAUUGCCUAGAGAAGAGCAAAUGAAGAAAAUAAAGUUCAGCAAAAGCGAAGCUUCUAAGAUUGAUGAAAGAAAUACUGACAGAGGAUCCCAUUUGAAUAUGCCAAAAGAGACUCCUGGGAAAUUGGUUAAAAGCGGCCUCCAUAAAAACAUUGAAGACAUUGAUGACGAAAAGUUGAGCAAGAUUCAUGUUUUAUCUGGUAGAUCUGUUGGAAUGGAGAGUCCACAAUCAUCCUCAGAGGGAGACUACAAUAACUAUAAGCCUGAAAAGGAGCGCGAAUACCAAAUCAUGCAAAAAUUUUCAAAAGCCUUGUGGACUGUUUUGAAACAGUACGUUCAAAAACUAGAGGUGGUUGAAACUGAAAAUCGCCAUCUCAGGAACAGCUUAACCGACCAAAAGACAAAAAACAUGGACCUUGAAGAUGAACUCACCACUGAGAAGAUGAGGAGUUUUUAUCUGGAACAUGAACUGAAGGAGUUGAAGUCUCAAUGCAGAUGUUGUCAAAAAGCUUCGACUGACCUCUUUCCAGUUUUAAUGCAUGAUGCUAGUCCCUAUCUUUCACAAUAUGAAACGGCUGAACUGCAGGAGGUGAACUCAGAAGUUUCAUCUUUUUCCUCGAAAGAGUUGGAGCAAACUGAAAAUGAGAAGAAAACUGAUUCCCUGGUUAGAGAUUCACUUGUGUCUUUUACUUUAUCUGCUAGUGGAGUUGAAAGGCAUUACCCUCAGAAACUUGUGGAGCGCUCUGGGAGUGGUGAUAAUACUCUAGAUGCAAAGGGAUUAAAUACCAGCGCUGUGGAUGAAUUUUCCAGAAGUCAGGAACUUUCAACGACUACUAGUGACACUCAGGAUUUGAAUUGCUUUGAAGACACAAGCAUAGUAGAGUCUUCCAUAAGUGAAGUAAUUAGUUGGUCCACAAGUGCGAGUCUCUACACAAGUCACGAAUCUGAACUCGACACUGUAGACAUUGCUGGAGAUGCAAAGAGUCUGGAAGGCGAAAGCGAAUGUUUAUCAAAUGGAUCAUGUCUUCCUACUUCUCUAGAAUGUGCUAACGCUAAAAGUUUUAAAGAUUUUGAAGAUCCAAAAGCUAAAGAAGUUCCAAGCCAGCUUGAAAAUGAUUCAACAGAGCAUUUGCACACUGUUGUUAGCUCUUCUGAAUCUCCUCGAAAAGAUGACACCAGUUCUCGCGUGAAUGGAGAACAACUCAAUAAUGAAGAGGGCAAGCUGGGUCCACUGGUUGCAGUUGUGCCUGAAGAAGGAUGGGAUGCCAGAAACACGUCCAAAUUUGUGCCUAAGCUUGCUUCCCGCAGCAAUUUCCAGCAUACAGACAAACCGAAGAGGAGACUACUACCAGCUUCAUCUGUAUUUUUAAAGGAUUUCAGCUUAUUGGACAUCAAGGAUGAAACUGACAAGCCAAAGGGCGGCAGGGGCGGGAAGAGAGUGGCAAUGGAUCACAAGAACAGAACACAAGGCAUAUGUUCCUUGAAGUCCGUCUAUACCUACGUACAGCUCAUUUUAUUACAUAGAACACAUUCCAUCCAAAAGUUUUCUCUUUUAUUUUUUGAAAAGUAGAGAACUGCUUCAGCCGUUUUUGCCGUUCACAGAGGGUCAGAAUAGUACAAGAGCUCAAUGGUCCUUCCAUUUGGUUUUUAUUUUUCCUUGCUUUCCAUCCAAACGGUAAAAUAGCAAGUUAGAACUCUAUUUAUGCUGGUGAAGAAUAUUAGUGUUAUUUUGAACGUCACCCAAAACUUAUGUUGGGGACUUUGAAAGGCCUUGUCCAUAGGUUGUACUUUCUUCCUUUUCGUUAGUUGUCACAUAGCAAAUAAAUAUAAAAAUUCUAAAAUAUUA